CUUAGUUGUCUGGUGGAGUAGAGUGAAUGACUCGUAUGAUGUUGAUCAGAUCCAGAUCCCUAUGACCCCUGCGGCGGAGCACCUCCGAGGUGGUCAUGUGACCGAUAAGCCAAGCGGAGCCCGCGCAUCACCGAUGAACCUCAACUCCGAAGAAUAACGACGACAAGAUUCCUCCACACAUUAAAAAUGAACGCCGUCACCCGAACCCUACGGCCCAGCAGUUCCCUCCUCCACAGCCUAAACCCCACGCGACGAUGCUACCAUCGGGGGCUCGCCCCGGUUACCUCCCUAGCUAUAGCGACCACUAGACCAGCUCUCCAUCUCCGCCCCAGUCCGACAUCCCCUCCCCGCGGGUCGACCCAAACUCCCUUCCUACCCACGCGAUCCUCAUCCACACAAUCACAACCUGCCCCGAAAUUCGCAGAGGGUGUUGAUGUAGCGACAGCGACGGAGGGGGUCGACGCACUGUGCGAGCAGGGAUGGGUGCUGGAUGGGGAUGGGGCGGGAUUUAAGAAGACGUUUUAUUUUCGUUCUUAUUUUAAGGCUGUUAGUUUCGUCAAUGUGAUUGCUUCGCAUAGUGCGACGAAGAAACAUCACGCUACUAUGACUGUUCGCAUCGGCUCAGUCGACGUCCACUGGACGACUCACCACCCGCGGGGUCUGACGGAGAAAGAUAUCGGGAUGGCGCGGGUUUGCGAGGACGCGGCGGAGUUGAUGGGGGUUGUGGAGGAGGGGAGGGGGAAGAAGUGUGGGUCUGUUUGAUUUGUAGCCCUUUAGGUGUGAGGUAGUGGUGUACGGAGUAUCUACCUGGGGAUGGAUGUGGACAGUGUUUGAUAUGAACCUAGGAGGAGAUGUAUAGUAUGGUCGAUCUUCAUGUGAUUGUAUGAUUCGUGUUGUAUUUUAGUCAGUAAUUCAGGUAACUUAAU